AUGCUCAGAUUGUUAGGGAAGCGGGUGCUGCAGCAGGCUAGCAGAGCGCGUAGCGGCCAAGCCCACGGUCACUCAAGCCGCAGCUUUAAUUCCUCGUCAGGGAACACUGCCCGAGGUCGAUGGAGCGAUCUCUGCCGGAAUUACCAAUCGCAAGCGCAGGUGUUUCCUGAAACCGUCCCGUCGGUCGGGUUGUCGGAAACACAGGGUUUGCACCGAUCCCUUAACGGAAUUAACGCAGGUCCUCGGAUCGUUUCUGCUGCUCAAACGCGAGGCUUGAGCGGUUUCGCGAGCGGAGUGGGUAGAGGAGAGAGAACGGGUGACGGAGCGAAGGUAGCAGGUUCGUCGGACCAGCAGAGUCGAUCGAUCAGUGGUUCGAGCAGAAACAGCGCGCCUGGCAAUGUGGGUGCGUCGCACUCCAAGAAACCGCACCAAUUCGAAGGCUCUAUUUAUCUCCACCAUGCCGACGUGGGUGCUCCUCUUAACUCCGCCGCUCUCAGCAUCGGACUCAUUCACGCGCUGCAGGUUCUGCGGCCAGGCGUGGGUUACUUUCGCCCAAUCGACCAAACUUCGCACGGUGGUAACCGCGCGGAGCUGUUCCACGAGGCGUUUCGCAUGCGCACGCCACAGGAGGACAUGUUCGGGCUCACCCAGGAUCAGGCAUACGCGCUGCUGACGUCCGAGAAGACGGACGAACUCCUUGAAACCAUCAUAUCAGCAUAUGAGCGGUGCAAGCGGCACCAUGACUUUGUGGUGAUAGAGGGCACGUCCAUGCGCGACGGCACCAACACGUCGCCCCUCAACGGCCUCAUUGCCUCCGCCCUUGAAGCCCCUGCCCUGCUGGUCUCUGAUGGUCGUGCUGCCUCGCAGUUCCACCCCAAGCACUCCGAGUCAGGCGGGGUGUUUGAGGACUGGGACUGGGAGAAGGAGGCAGCAGGGUGCAUCUUGGACCAUGCGCGCAUCAUGAGGCAGUCGCGUGUCGACGUGGCGGGCGCGCUCAUCUACCGCAUGCCCAAGACGUCAAGAGGCGCGGCGCGCCUGAGGGAGUACAUCACCCGCGCUCACAUCCCCUUCGUGGGGGCCAUCCCCGAGGACGUCUCACUUGAGUCCUUCCAGGUGGAGGACGUUGCGAGGGUGCUGAACGCACAUGUGCUGUACGGCGACGUGCCUCACAGCAACAACAUGACCACGGAGGUCACACGCACGCUCGUGGCCACUCUGCACCUGGCGGACCUGCUCUCCUACAUCCCACCGUCUGACGACCCGGGCAAGGGCGUGCUAGUUGUUGCACACGCCAGUCGUCCGGAUAUUCUGCUGGGGAUGAUCGACCUGCAUGAGACGCACCUCAGCACCCAGGUGGCAGCUAUGGUACUAACUGGCGGCUCACCUCCUCCCCUCGAAGUCGACAUGCUCAUUCGGAGCCGGCCCACGAGAGUUUCCCUCCCGGUGUUGCUGUCCCCCAAGGCCACACACGACACGUGCAUUGCCCUCACCAACGCCCAACCCGAGCUGCACGCCACGUCCCACCGCAAGAUCGAGCGCGCCGAGGUCAUAUUCCAUGAGAACGUGGACAUGCGCAUGCUGCACCAGGUGCUAUUCAAGGAGCGCCCCCUCCGCAUGAACCCCAAGCUCUUCCAGCACACCAUCUUUGACAAGUCCCGAGAAGCACAGUCCCACAUCGUGCUGCCAGAGGGAGCAGAACCGCGGACGAUACAGGCAGCAGGGGAGGUGCUGCGGCGGUCGUUAUGCCGGGUGACGCUGAUAGGCCACCCAGAUGAGAUCAUCACGGCAGCCAAACAGCUGCGCGUGGACGUGUCAGGCGCUGACAUUGUGUACCCGCCCGCCGCCCCCAACCUCGACCACUACGCUGAGCUUCUGUAUCAAGCCCGCAAGGACAAGGGAGUGACCCUAGCAGAGGCGCACGAGCACAUGAUAACGGACCCCAACUACCUGGGCACGGCCAUGGUGGCAGCAGGCGAUGUGGAUGGCAUGGUGUCAGGCGCUGUGCACACCACCAUUGCCACCAUCCGCCCGGCUCUUCAGAUGAUCCCCAAACUGCCCAACACCGAGAUCAUCUCCAGUGUGUUCUUCAUGUGCCUGCCCGACCACGUGUACAUCUACGGCGAUUGCGCCAUCAACUCCAAUCCAACGGCUGAGGAGCUCGCGAUGAUCGCCAUCUCGUCAGCUGACACCGCUGCGGCCUUUGGCGUGGAACCGCGUGUUGCCAUGCUGUCUUACUCCACCCUGGACGAACGAAAGGAAGACACAAUAGUGCAGAAAGUGGUGCAGGCAACACAGCUGGUGAAGCAGCAGCGGCCAGACCUGCUGGUGGAGGGACCACUGCAGUACGACGCUGCUGUCAACCCCAUGGCUGCCCACAACAAGAUGGACGGCAGAGAGUCCGACGUGGCUGGCAAGGCCUCGGUCCUCAUUUUCCCAGACCUCAACACAGGCAACAACACAUACAAGGCUGUGCAGCAGGCCACAGGAGCCAUUGCCAUGGGACCGGUGCUGCAGGGGUUGAGUCGGCCGGUGAAUGAUUUGAGCCGGGGGUGCACCACAAAGGACAUCCCGCCGCUUCCGCACCCGCCGCAGCAGGCGCAGCAGCAGCAGGCGCAAGCGCAGCUGCAGCAGCAGCAGCAGCAACAGCAGCAGCAACAGCAGUCGCAGAACCAGAACCAGUCGCAGGGCCAGGCGCAAGGGCAGCCGCAGCAGCCGCCGGCUCCCGCGCCGCUUCCAUCACAACUAAGAGCGGGAAAGGACCCUUUUAGGAACCUGUACAGCCGAGAGUUCGUUGGCCACAAGAAGAAGGUGCAUUCGGUGGUGUGGAACUGCCUCGGCGAGAAGCUCGGGUCAGGCUCGGUGGACCAAACCAUUCGCGUGUGGCAAGUGGAUCCCAGCGGCCAGUCAAACUCCAGCAAGCAUCGGGAGGUGGAGUUGAGGGGCCACAGCGAGAGCGUGGACAACCUGUGCUGGGACCCUCUCCAUCCUGACCUCCUUGCAUCCGCGUCUCAAGACAAGUCCGUUCGUAUUUGGGACACGAGAUCUGCCAGGUGUCAGCAGAGUGUGACUCUAAAGGGGGAGAAUUUCAACGUCACGUACAAGCCCGAUGGCACUCACAUUGCCGUGGGCAACAGCGCGGACGAGUUGACCAUUUUGGAUGUGAGGAAGCUGAAGCCAAUCCACAAGCGCAAGUUCACCUACGAGCUGAACGAGUUUGCAUGGGAUCGAACAGGGUCCAUCUUCCUUGUCACAACUGGCACAGGCGCAGUGGAAGUUUUGGGUUAUCCCUCCCUGCAGACACUAGACACCCUGCACGCGCACACAGCAGGAGUGUAUUCCUUGGCCAUAGACCCCCUUGGCAGGUACUUUGCAGCCGGUAGUGCCGAUGCGCUGGUGAGCCUGUGGGACAUGCAGCACAUGCUGUGUGUGCGCACCUUCACUCGCCUCGAGUGGCCUGUGCGCACUGUCAGCUUCAGCCACGAUGGGCGGUAUCUCGCGUCUGCUAGUGAAGACCUUUUUGUUGACAUUGCCGAGGUGGAGACGGGGCGGUCGGUGCAUCAGAUCCCAUCGUGGGCGGCAAUGAACAGUGUCGAGUGGAACCCCAAGCACCUUCUGCUGGCGUAUGCCUCUGACGACGAUGGCAAGCAUUCAUCUCCGGGUGUCUUUCGUGUCUUUGGCGCAAGCAACUCCAUUCGCUCCACGCGUCCCCAGGAAUACAUGACGCGAAGCCAAGCGGCGGCCGCCGGUAACGCAGACGACCGGAAAGGUUUCGCCGGUACUAGUAGCGAGGGCAGCAGCAGCUGUGCGGCUGUCGCAAGCCUGGGAGCUUCCGACGGUUACGAUUUCGCUGUUGCUGACCCGGCGCGGCGAGAUGGCGGCGAGAGCAACCAGGAACCUCCCAGCUCGUGGCUGGACAGGAAGCUUCUAGAGAGAAACGACCGGGACAAUUCCGAGUCGUUUCUCUCCUGGCCGCUGCGCGCUCUUACGCACGCAUGGCGUCUGCGCGUGUGUUGGAUCUGGGCGGUGAUGAGCGUGGGCCUGCUAGCGGUGAUCUUCACGAUCGUGUGGGCGCGCGCGGUGGGCGAGCAGCAGGCGGAGCGCGAGGGGCAGUGCGGGGAGUGGGCGGCGUUCAUCGAGUCGCACUUCAACUCCACGCAGGCCAACACGCGCGCGCUCGCCGAGUUCGUCCACGCCUACUAUAUCGACGGGCGCGAGAGUUUCUUCCGCCCGUCCAAGUUCCUUGAGUUCAGCUCCUCCGCGCUGCACGCCCGCCCACUAGCUGCAUUUGUGGGCUAUGCCGUGCGCCGCCACGUGGAGCAGCGCCUGCAGGGCUGCCUCAUUGUGGUGACCGUCAUCUUCCCCACUCCACCCUCUCCCCCCACUCUCCAUUCCCUCUCCUGCAGGUGUGGGCUACGCCCUGCGAGUCAACAGCUCAGCUCUCCGCCGCCACGUGGAGCAGCGCCUGCAGGGCUGCCUCAUUGCAGUGAGCGCCUUCUUCCCCUCUCCCCUUCCCAUGUCCUGCAGUUGUGGGCUAUGCGCUAA